AACAAAAUCACAAUGGUCACAUAUAACUGGAGUAACUUCAAUCCAGACAUAUUCAUACUGGUGGGGAUCCCAGGACUAGAGCAGUUCCACGUCUGGAUUGGCAUUCCUUUCUGUGUUAUUUACCUUGUGGCUAUAGUGGGAAACUCAAUCUUAGUGUAUCUUAUCGUCAUGGAGCGUAGUCUCCAUGAGCCCAUGUUCUUCUUCCUCUCUCUGCUGGCUUCCACUGAUGUGGUGCUGUCCACAGCUGGUGUUCCCAAAACCCUCAGCAUCUUCUGGCUUGGAGCCAGAGAAAUCACUUUCACCGGCUGCCUCACUCAGAUGUUUUUCAUCCACUACAGCUUUGUUUUAGACUCAGCCAUUCUGUUGGCCAUGGCAUUUGAUCGCUAUGUGGCCAUCUGCUCUCCACUGAGAUAUAACACCACCCUGACUAAUCAAGUCAUCAUUAAAAUCAUAGUAGGAAUCUGCUUUCGCAGUUUCUGUGUCAUUUUCCCACUUGUUUUCUUGUUGAAGCGCCUACCCUUUUGCCAGACACAUAUAAUCCCACACACAUAUUGUGAGCAUAUUGGUGUGGCCCGCCUCUCCUGUGCUAAUAUUGCCAUCAACAUCUGGUUUGGUUUUGCUGUGCCCAUGAUGACUGUAAUUUCAGACAUAGUAUUGAUUGCUGUCUCUUACAUACUUAUCCUCCAUGCUGUGUUCCGUCUCCCAUCUCAGGAUGCCCGUCAAAAGGCACUAGGUACCUGUGGUUCCCAUGUCUGUGUAAUCCUUAUGUUCUACAUACCAGCCUUUUUCUCCAUCCUUACCCAUCGAUUUGGACAUAAUGUUUCUCGAACUUUUCACAUCAUGUUUGCCAACCUCUACUUAGUCAUCCCACCAGCCCUCAAUCCCAUCAUCUAUGGAGUUAAGACAAAGCAAAUAAGGCACAAAGUCAUCAUCUUGUUUUCUCAGAAGGCAAUCCAAUGA